AAGGAGAAGAUCCCGGGGGUCGAUCCGAACCGUAGAGGCCGGACGGUAUCCUCCCGCAUACGGCCCUCUGUUGACUGAACCGACUUAAGUCAACGCCGCCCACGGUCUGGCACGCGGCCUCCAGUACGCGCCAAGACGAAGAGGGAUAACGGCGCGAGAAAACGGGAAAUAUGGGGGACGUCAUCGGGGGACGUGGAUCCCCGAGCGACGAAGACGAGAUGAGAAAGGGCGAGAUGAAGUGCGAGAUGACGAGGCUGGAUAAUAAUGUGCGACGAUGAUGGAACGAGCGGAACUACGCGAGAGAGAGACGCGGCGAAGAGAAUGCGAGGUGGCGAGGGGUUCAAGUAUAAGGAUACCGAGGCAUGCGCCGUUCUAUCAUAUUGAUCGCCAUAGUAACGAUUCUCUCUCCUCCAACGAUGUUGGGAUGCACUAUAGCCCCGGGAGGAAGAGGGAUGUCGGAGAGCGAGGAAUCAUGCGGGAGGAGAUCGGGAGGAGAGAGAACAAGAGAGGGGAGAAAGGGGAGGUAGGUCGUACCGCAUGGUGUACCACGCCACCCCACGAUGCGCGGAUGUGGGCCGCCGAGGGUUGAACGCGAGCGAGAAUGCGAGACGAGGCGAGGCGCCAGUGGGACGAAGAGAAAGGAAGUCGUUGAGGGAGUCGUAGGGGGAGAAGGUAUAUAUGUGACGAGAACAAGAACGAGUUGGAGAGGAAAGGAGGUAGAGAAACAGAGGGAGAGAACGGCGAGCGCGGGAUGAGGAAGACUGCGAGAGACAAACAGCAUCGGUGAUCGAGAUAGAAUGAUGAUACGGGGGUGAAGAAGAGAAGAGGGAUCGAGACGCGCACGGCGACUGGCAGGUGUACGUGCCGGGCUAGACGGAGAGAAUGGUAGGAAGAAAGAGAGAGAAAGAGGAACGACAAAGAUAUCACGAGCGACGAAGAGCACCGGAGGUGGUGAACGGUGGCGGUUAGCUACUACAGAGCUAGCGCCAAAGCGGGCUGAAGCGGCAGUACCGCGCGGCGUUGCAGCCAAAUGAAUCUUAGUCCAGCGUUGGUCGCCGGCGAGGCCGCAUCUGGCAAAGUACCCCUGCCGGGAGAGAGUGUUAGAAUAGCCCCACGACCGAGAUUUAGAAGGACAGCCCGCGCUACACGCGUCUCUCCAUAACGGACGAGAAAAGUCAGAGGGAUGUUCUCGCGAUCCUGGCGAUCGCGCGCGUUCCGAGGGUGAAUCCCUGUCGUUCACCCUGACCCGAUGCUGCGGCAGCUACCGAGCGAACGCGGGAAGCUCGACGAGCGGAACGAAUCCAUGAUCGGACUGCGGAUGCGUCCCUGAGCCUGUUUUGUACGUACACGCAUACAUACGCACAUGCACACAUACACAUAGAAAUCAUACAUCGAAAUCCGCCAAGCCAGCCUCCCCCGUGAUACCAGUUGCGAUCGCGACGACCAGCUGGUGCUGUUGACGAGAUUGGAGCUUAACCGAGUUAUUCGUGCGACCGCGAUCAUCGUUCGCGGUGCGAAUCGCGAGACUGGAGAGGAGUCCGAGAAGGUAAACGGUAUCCGCGGGCGAACCCAACUCGCCGAGAGAUGUUCGCGCUGCCCGAUGAUGCCGCGUCGUGGUGCGGACCGUCUGGACCAUAGUGCGCACGGAUUUUAUCAUCCGGUACGGGAUAGCAGCGGACUAUUACCGCACCGGAACAUCGCUGCGUGGAAGCGAUCACGUGCCCUCGACGGAGCACCUAGGACGAUGCACCUGGCGAGCCCGGUGCAGAUGCGGCCGGGCGAGCCCUGAGGAUUCAGAACGAUCGCUCCGUUUUUAUCGCGCCGAGCGGACCGCCGAGGACAGCUGAUCCUUCGAGGAGUCCAGGUCGAGGUUCGUUCUCGCUCGACGCAAUUCGGCAGCCACGUGCGAGGACGAGCGGCGGUGAGGCGGCUGCGACGGCGACAACGGUGGCGAAAAAGAAGGUGGAGGAAAUCGGCAACGUGGAGGUGGUGUUCCAAGUGAUCCUCGACGAAGGAGGAGUGGCAGCCUCGCUCCGGCUACUCCGCGAGUAAACAUGAGACGCUCGUGGACGCUCGUCGCGGCGAUAGCCCUGGCAGCAUCCGGGCUGGUAAGUGGCGGUUUACACGAGAAGCGGCUGCUGAACGAUCUGCUGGACUCGUACAAUGUGCUGGAGCGACCGGUGGGCAACGAGUCCGAACCCCUUGUGCUGAGCUUCGGCCUCACGCUCAUGCAAAUAAUCGACGUCGACGAGAAGAACCAAUUGCUCAUCACGAAUCUUUGGUUAAAAUUGGAAUGGAACGACGUAAAUAUGAGAUGGAACGUCUCGGAAUAUGGAGGCGUACGAGAUCUCAGAAUCCCGCCGCAUCGGCUAUGGAAACCUGAUGUCCUCAUGUAUAACAGCGCCGACGAGGGCUUUGACGGCACUUAUCCGACGAACGUCGUCGUAAAGGACAAUGGGACCUGCUUGUACGUGCCGCCCGGUAUAUUCAAGAGCACUUGCAAGAUAGACAUUACCUGGUUUCCCUUUGAUGAUCAGCGCUGCGAGAUGAAAUUCGGCUCCUGGACGUACGACGGCUUUCAGUUGGAUCUGCAGCUGCAGGACGAGAACGGGGGUGACAUCAGUAGUUUCAUCACUAACGGCGAGUGGGAUCUGUUGGGGGUACCUGGUAAGAGGAACGAAAUCUACUACAAUUGCUGCCCGGAACCGUACAUAGACAUCACUUUUGUCGUCAUCAUCAGAAGACGCACACUCUACUACUUUUUCAACCUGAUCGUGCCGUGCGUUUUAAUUGCCAGCAUGGCCGUCCUCGGGUUCACCCUGCCGCCCGAUUCCGGCGAGAAGCUCUCCCUCGGAGUAACCAUCCUCUUGUCCCUCACUGUGUUCCUGAAUAUGGUUGCCGAGACAAUGCCGGCGACAUCUGACGCUGUACCGCUUUUAGGAACGUAUUUCAAUUGCAUCAUGUUUAUGGUAGCCAGCAGCGUGGUCAGCACAAUUCUCAUCUUAAACUAUCAUCAUCGGAAUUCUGACUCCCACGAAAUGUCUGAAUGGAUUAGGGUAGUUUUCCUGUACUGGCUGCCCUGUCUACUUCGUAUGUCGAGGCCAGGACAAGAAGAAGAAAAGGAAGUACAAAAAUCUCAAAAGCCAUCUCCGGUAACGGGUGCGAGCAAGUCAUAUGGCGAUUUGGAGCUUCAUCAGAGAAGUAGUAAGUCCCUGUUGGCAAACGUCCUGGACCUGGACGACAACGCGUUGGCGUCUCACAAUAAUCUGCUGAACAACGUGUAUAGCACGCCCGGGCCGCAUCACGCGCACGCGAUGGGUCACGGUCACAGUCACAUACACACGACGCCCCAUCAUCAUCACAGCCACGCACCUACGACGCCGCACCAUCAGCACGCGACGCCGCUGCCGCAUUCAUCGUACCCCGGCCACCAGAUCUCGCAUACGCCGCACCAUCACCCACAUCCCCAAGACGCGUCAGGGCCGCAGGUCGAAACGAUACUCCAGAACGCGUGCUUCUGCGCUCGUUACGAGCUUGUGCUAAUCCUGAAGGAAAUUAAGAUAAUAACGAAUCAGCUAAAGGCCGAGGAUGAGAACACGAAGAUCACGAACGAUUGGAAGUUCGCGGCGAUGGUGAUCGAUAGGAUGUGCCUAAUCAUUUUUACUCUGUUCACCAUCAUCGCUACCAUCACCGUCCUGCUAUCGGCGCCGCACAUUAUCGUCACGUGAUUCAGAAAAGCCAGUCUGCCGCCGGUGGUUCCGGGGCUGACGAGGAUCUCGCCGACGGGCAUCUUCGCGCCAGCGAAGCACCCGCCCUUCCCGUUAACCGGAUUCCGCCGGGUCGGCCACGAGGGUGCUCGCCUUCGGGUUCGCAUGCCGCUUCGUUUCGGAGACCUGCGCGUUAGGAAGAAAGCAAUACGGGGAGUAACUUCGUUUCUUUAUGAUAUAUAUACUAAUACCAGUAAAAAUGAAAAUAAUAACGCUAUCGAUAAUGAGAAUAACGAUAAUAGUAUUAAUAAUAAUUACGUAAUAAUAACGGUAAAAAACUUUAUCGUAUAAUUAUCCCACGAGGACGCCUUAGCGAAACACGUUGACACACCGUUUUCAAGACAGCGCGAGCUCGCGCGCGCGCGCAAGAGCAAAGAGACACGUACACUGGGACACGCGGGAAAACGAGACACACGUACGCGAAGACAUGUACAUUGGUUUGUUACACGCAUCCCUGAGAGCAGUCGAACAAGGUGCCCGAACGCCUUGUAUAGCUGAAAUGGUACAUUUUCUCGAGCGAGAGAUUAAACGAUUAUAUAGUUCUGUACAGAAUUCAAUUACGUUUUCAUCGAGGUAAAAACGUAAUCGGUUGAAUCGAGACGAGUCUGUCCUCCGCGACUACUACUUAGGGAUGUAUCACACAUACACAUAUAUACACAUAUGCACGUAACAUCAUACGAGCGACGAUACGUAUGGAAGCGUGAUUUGCCAAUGUGUUAAAAAUACUCGGAUGCAGCCCAAGGUUAAUACGAUGUAGAAAUCUCCGAAUGUACACAAGAAUCAGUUAGGAUUAAUCAGUUAAGAUCCUUGUAACAGUCUAAAUGAAUUUCGUAAUAUUAUUACGAAUCAAUGUAAAGAUUCGAGAGUCUCUCGAAAAACUUUGAAAAAAGUAUAAAUCCUAA